UUGUAAAGCGGAAUGAAGUGCUUUCUUCGAUUUGUUUAUGAAGAUUUGACUGACAAGCGUCCUCUGAUUUGGGGUUAAAUAAUUUUUUGUGAAUCAACACAGCAAAAUGCCCAAGUAUCUGGAUACAAUAUAAACUUUCUCGGGAAUCAUUGUAUGCGGGAUUUUACAGGCAAACCCGUAACUUGCUCAGACCUACGUAGUUCAUCAUGGCGGACUCAAACAAAGAGUUGGAAGAAAAUAUCGAGGUCUCGACGUUUACCAGCGAAAAUUCGUUUAUCAGAAGGACAAUCAAAAAUAUAGUUUCCGGAACAUUUAGUGGUAUUGCUGUUUGUUUGGUCGGCCAUCCGUUUGACACUCUAAAAGUUCGUCUUCAAACGCAACCUGUUGACCGGCCGGUCUACAAGGGACUCUUGGAUUGUUUCGUGAAAACAAUGAAAUGGGAAGGAAUUGGAGGAUUAUAUAAAGGUGUCGGUAAGUGAUAAACGCAAUUCCUAAUGAUCAUAAAAAUGAUCUGGCUGAACAUAACCCGUUUCACAGAUGACACGCAAAAUUGAAAAUUUCGUACGUAUUUUUCAUUUAUCAAAAAAACCACCACCACAGACCGAACUUGGUAAAACUGAGUUUCACAGGGAUUCGUCGCAAACCAAAGGAGAAAUGAGCUCCUUAACAAGCGAAUUCUUACAAGGAAAUGCAUGGCGUGGCCUCGUGACGGGCAGUCAGUAAUUGCCUGUAAGCGAUACAUUUCCUUUUCCCCAUUUCAUUUUCUUUUCUCUGCCUUUUCCCCAAAUUGCAGGCCCCAUAUCUCUGUUAGUUUACAACAAAUUCUCAAAGUUUGCAGUUUUAUUAAAUUCUACAUGAUAAAUCGAGCUAAAGCGGUGUUUUUAGGCGUAGAUGCAAAACACUGCUAAUUGCAAAUAUUGCGUGACAUCUGCGAAACGGGUUAUUGUGAAUGUCUAUAAGCGACAACCGGAAAUACGUCUGUGUCUGAAGGCUGGGCUAUUUUAAUUUAAACGGUAAAAAAAGGAGGUCCGAUUACCAGUUAAAAGGGUCCUUUUGGAAACAGAAUACCGGUACUUCUUGAAAUUGGGCCACAUCAUCGAGUGGAUCUGUAAUGGCUUUACGUUGGUAGCUUGAAAUAGUCAUCAUCUGGCUCCAUUGUUAUGCACUUAUCAACUGAGACUAAACGGAUUGAAACGGAUUGAAAUUGUGGUUUUUGAAAACUUGUUAACCUAACAGUUUUUCAAAGUUCAUUUUUUUUGUUCGUAACGCUUGAUAUGCUUGGGAGAAACAUCUGUUUGAAACGAAGCUUUGAUUUCUUCAUUUCUUUGCCAACGUAACGGUCAAAAGCUAAUAGGGACCAUGUAACUGGCAAUAUUAACAAAAUGAACCAGAUAGCCAUGACACAGCACCUUUUAUAAUAAGUAGAGGAGCAUGUAUCUGCAUUGUUUGAGAAGUUUUGAAUAACAAUAACAAUUUCCAGUCAACGAACCAUGAAAACUCAAGGCAAAAUCACAAAGGAUUAAUCUAAGUAAAGAAAUGAAAGGAAAAACAAUUAGGAAACUUACCUUUCAAAGCCAGAUAACUUCAAAGCAUGUACAGCCGAGCAAUACAUCAAAAUACCAGUGAUCGCGUGACGAAAUUACCAUGAGGAAACUAGGCACGAGUCAAAUUCCCACCUCUCGCUCCCCGACUGCCAUAUGAAUAUGCUUAGCAAAUCCUGAGAAAUCCCCCACUCCCACGGGCUAACCAUGACUUCAAAUACCAUAAAAAUCCCCCACAUAGGCCCGGGGUGGGGGGGCGGGGGGGGUCGGGGUUUCAAUUGAUAAGUGCAUUAUUAUGAAAGGAUCAAUCAAUAAUAUUUUAGGUCACUGUUUAAAGGACUCCAGGUGAAAAACUCAACCACAUUCUACUUCUGGCCCCAGUUGUUCAAAAGAAGAAGACAUUAUCCACUGGAUAAAUUUAUAAAUGAGGGGUACAUUGGGCUUUACAGUAUUGCUGUGCAGUAGUGAGCUUAAUUUUUUCAAGUAGUAUUUUGGUAAUUUUGAUGUUAAUGUGCAGCAUUGCAGUAUCAUCAAGCCUUGUGGUGUGCCGCUUUUCAUCCUUUUGGCUGAUAUAAUCACAAGUGCCCUGUCACAGAGACACGAGUGAUAAUCAAAGACAGUAGGUGGAGAUAACUUGAAUCAACUGUCUUGCUUUGAACCACAGAUAAUUGCAUUGAACAAUGAAUGCAUAAAACAAUGGCAGUCGAAGAGAAAAGCUAAUUAAGUAAAGAGCAAAACCAUGCGCUUUCUUUCCAGGACUUAUCCUAACUGACAAGACGGCUGACCACGAACGAUAACAAGCUUAUUAGCAAACAAAGGGAUGACUGUUCACAUGACUAGAGUCUUAAGAGUCUAUUCGACACACCCAAAGCUCACAAGUGAUACAACAUUGGUAAUGAUAUUACCUCAAAUAUUAAGUUAUUCACUGGCAGCACCCUGCUGAAUGGUCAGGUGCACAAUUUCAACAAUGCAAUCAGUCUCAAAUUAGUUGAAUGGGAAACGUGGCAAAUUGUCUUCAACCUGUUGAAAUGCUAUGUUCUACAAGUUUGCAGAGCCAAGAAUCCUUUGAUCCCUACACUAUGCUUGGCUAAACCCUGUCACAGUCUGUGGAACACCAAAAAUAUCUUGGAGUUAAUCUAUCAAAUCUAUUAUGAUUUGAACUGGAGGACACAUAUUCGGAACAUUAGAAAUAAAACUUAUUUGGCACUUUGUCAAGAGGAACUUAUAUCAUUGCCCAUAGAAGGUUAAAGAUCAAGCCUACAAAAUCACUGGUGAGACCAAUGUUGGAAUUCAUAUGGGCGUACUGUAUGGGAUCUGUGUAGUGCAUAUCAGAUAUCUUGGCUAGAACAGGUCCAGGGCAGGGCAGUACGUUUCAUAACAAGAACGUAAGUGAAAGAGGAGGAAUGCGUAACUAAUGCCCUAAAGCAACUAAAUUGGCCAACUCUCGAAAAAUGAAGUCAAGUACAGCUAGACUGACAUUGAUGUACAGAUGUUUUUCCAACCAGGCCGCUAUUGAUAUCCCCUGCUAUGCGCAACAUCAGUCCUCCCUUAAACCAGGGCAUCUCAUCCACUGAAAUUAUUUCUGCUUGAGCCAUCCUAUGACAUGUAGAAAUACAGCUUCUGGCCAAGAACUAUCACUGACUGGAAUAGCCUGCCAUCUGACGAUUUAACAAUAGAUUUAACUGCAAAAUUUAAAGCCACCAUCUCUCACUACAUUUUUCCAUUGUAAUGCUUGUCCCUUCCUAUUUCUUGUUUUUUUUAUUUUUUAAUGUGAAUGUGAGAAUUGCUGCUAUAUAAUAGAAAUAUUGUAAGUUAUAGGGUUUGUAGUAGGAUUUUAGUAAUCGUUAUUUAGCGCACCAAAAUUGAAGUAAAAGUACAUCAAAAACUUUCUCCUUGUCUUAUUCAUGGUAUUAUUUUUACCAUUUCUGGCUGUUUUAGCAUGAUACUAGUGAGUAUUACAAGUAUUUCUGCCAUUGCUUUUUCUCUAUAUAUACAUUUAUAGAAUAAUAAAUUAUAUACCAGAGCCUGCCAGCUAGCAAAAACAACAUCCUAGGUAACCCUGAAACACUGAACCCUGUGCCCCACAGAACCCUCCCCCCUCCUACUUAGACUAAAACAUGAAAAUAUGAAAGAAAGAUUAAUAUAAUAGAUACAGUACCACAAAUAGUCCUUAUAGCAUGUGCAUCCUCAAACUGGUGCCUGCUAUUCAUACUGCAUGUUAAUAAUUUUUGUUAAAAUUUACUGUUCCCUAUUGUAGCUUAGUUAUAUCCAGGCCGGCUUGGCUCUUGCCUUAAUUCCUCAUAAUUUUUUCUGUGUGUUUACACUGGGGAGCACCCUACUUGCCAAGAUCUCAGUUGCUCAAACUUAUAUUGGCAAGCAGGCUAGUCGUCUUCUCAUAUAAACACAACAAAAUUUUAUAAGGAGAUAAGACAUGAGCUGAGCCAGCCAAGUAAUGUGGGCCAGCCCUACUAACCAGGCUGACUCACUGAUCUUUACUUACUUAUAAGGUGGGGCAGGAGAAAAUAAAACACGAUCAUUUGAUGAUUGUAAGCCACAAUAAGAAAUUCUGAGGUCCAGAACCCAUUUUAGAAACAAUGCCAACUCUGGAUAAGCAUAAAUUGAAAGGUCCUUUGGGGAAAAAUUCCCUAUGCUAAGCUCAGUCUACAAUUAUCCAAAGCAUGCUAUUAAUUUUGAAAGAAACAUUGCAUUGCUAAUCAAUAUCACCAUGUAACUCUUAAUAUGGUAAAAGAAAAAAUGUAUGUAUAAAACAUCCCAUAGUUGAACAUUAUGACAGUCAGGAAAGCUAUGAAUUCUCCUCCAAAAUGAAGAAUCUGAUGUGUUCUCACCUCUUCUAAGAAGGGACCCCCUGUGGUUUGAUUCUCCUAAGACACCACCUCCCGUAUUAGCAGCCACUAAAUCUUCGCAUUUUUGGUGGUUGCUUAUGGGCGGUUUGACUGUAUUCAAACAUUCAGGCCAUACCCCUGGCCCUGGUUUUGACAUUUUAGAUCAGGGACUCAAUUUGGGUCCCAUGAGCACGUCAAUGAGAACCCUUGAUGCAUGCAAGUUUAUAAGGGUUUGUUUGGGAAUUUUAGUGCUCACCAUUUAGCCUAAAAUAGUAAUUUUUUGUUGUAUAUGAGAAAUUUAUUGAGAAAAAAAACAGUGGAAACCAUUGAGAAUACUGGCCUGUUUCUUAUGAACAGUCUUUUUAAUCACUGCAGGUUCACCUAUUGUUGGUCAGAUGUUUUUUAGAGCAACUCUUUUUACAUCCUAUUAUCAGGUUAGUGAGUUGUUGCUGCUUGUUUUAAGUUAUAUCUAGAGCACAAAAAGACUAUAGCUUAAAGUCAAUGCAAAACCUAUUAGGCCUGCGACUCACUGACACAAAUGUACUAGAUUGUUUUUAGGAAUUAAAAGUAAUAUAUAGAACUUACUGGUUAGAGGGUUAUUCACCUGGACAGCAGCCCUCUUCUUAAUUUGGACUAAGUAUCUCUCCUCCUACCCCACCCUUAACAUCAGUUACCAGCAAAUCUUUUUCCAUAUCUAGUUGCACCUUGGUAGUGCUGUGGAAUUCAUCCUGAUUAUUUAAAAAUUAACAUUUUUUAUUUUGAUAAUUUUUUUUUUUCUCAGACAAUUUUUGAACAUGGUAUGUAUCAUGAUUCAAACAAAUUAACCAUGCAUUCUUUAGCAGUCAGCAUGCAAUGAUUAACUGGCUCAAUAGAAAUAUUUGUGUGGGUUUUGUUUGUUUUGUUGUUGUUUUUGUUUUGACAGAUUAUGAUCGCCACUUUUACUGCCAAACUCUGCACAAGAUAGCCCAGUAAUUGACUCAAAUCAUGGUUCUGUAUUAUUAGAAGUGUUUAAUUUAUCUUUAUAAUACUUUGACACAGAAUGCCAGUAAUGCCUCUUCCCAACCAAAAAUGCACUCAUAUUAUGGACAGAACUAAAACUGGUAAUUUUUCAUUUGUCAUACAGAUUACUACAUUUUUUGCUGGAAAGGAUCGGCAAGGCCAGCGACUUUCUUCUCCAGAGUACUUCCUUUGUGGUAUGUUUACAGGUGCUGUUGCUGCAUUGGUUGAAGGUCCAAUUGAUUUGGUAAGAUAAUAUUAUUAUUAAAUUGCUUUUCCUUCGUGCCACUGCUUUUAAUUAUAACUUUCACCAAAACCCAUGAAUUUUAAAAUUCUGUCUUGUCAUAAUCAGGUUUUAUUUCAUUAAGGCUGGUUUUCACUAGUGAUGGAGACGUAGUCAGAGUUGUAAGAGCGCUUAUGACCUAGUGAAAAUAAAAAAUUGGAGUUAUAAGCAGUCAUAAGUGCGCCAGAAUUGGAGUCAGAAGAAUCAGAACGUUUCCAUUUCUUCUGACUCCGCUUACGACUCCGACACUUAUGUUCUGCUUAUGAUCUAGCAAAAACCAGAUUGUCGGAGUCAGAAGCAGAAGUGGAAGGAUAAACCAGUCAUAAUGCACGUUCCCACGCUUUGCGAUUGGUUUAGUUCUUCUGCUUCUGCUUCUGACUCCGACAAUCUGGUUUUCACUAGAUCAUAAGCUCUACACUUCUGAUUAUGACUCGGACUCCGUCACUAGUGAAAACCAGCCUUUACCUUUUCUUUGAACAGUCAAGUUGGGUUUAAAAUUGACUUAACCCUGGGUGCCAUGAGGUUUUUUGACAUUAAACGGAGCCAAUAAAAUUUCAAGUUGUGGGGAAUUGAACAGCUGGCCAAGAUUCCUUUGGUUCAAUUUUCAUUUUGCUUCCUCUGUAGCAAGGGAUAAUGCUCAUUGUAGCCUGGGGAAAUCCCUCACCAUGGUGUACUUCUGAUUUUCAAGUAUGAGCCAAGAAUACAAACCCAUGAUGUCUAAAUCUUAUUAUUCUUCUAUUCUAGCCUGUACACAGACGUUGUUUUAUUUUUCUUUUCGUUCUUUCCCCACCCUGCCACCUUGCACUUUUAUUUUUUAUCAUGUGCACUCCGUGGACUUUAAAGAGAAACUAGGGGAUCUGUAAACAGGCUAUUCUAUUUGGACUAGCCUGAUUUUAAUAAGCCACAUUGCACAGGUAGCCCGUACUCUAUGUGGAAGUUCAAUGGAAUUUGAAUUUUAUAUGAAAAGAAACAAAAUGUGUUCUUAAUUCCAUUUUUUUGAGAAAUUUGCAAUGAAAGUGACUCAACUUGUGUUUGUAUUACAUGUUUUACUGUCUGUUUCCUUCUAGAGCCAUUUGGAAGCCGUUUUAUUGAGUUAAUGGCUUCCAAAUGGCUCAAGAAGCAAACAGGCAGUAAAACACAUGAUAAAAACACAAGUUGGGUCAUUUUUUAUUGCAGAUGUUCUUCAAAAAUUGUGAUCAUAUUUUGUUUCUUUUCAUACAUUCUCUAAUAAAAUUCAAAUUCCAGCAAACUCCCAUAUAGAAUCUGGGCCGCCUAGGCUAGUGAACAAAUGACUGAGAUGAAUCUGGUUGACCGCUCUGUACGUACGUCACUGUACGGGUUGUAGUUGACUUGGUGAACUCAAAGUGCCUAACACCAAGCAUCUUCAAGCCUGGGAACGGGAAACCUUUUUUCAUAAAUUGAUAAGUCAGUCCCACGUUUCUGGUAUCUCCAGGCUGUGCAAUCACUGGACAGUUGGUAUCAAAGGACUUCAUUCCCCUUCGCCCAAUCCUUCCAGCGUAUGUUGUCAACCCUUUAAGAGCUAUUUGGACUUGAUUCUGGCAAACAGAGUUUGCUUUCAAUAAAUUGGUAUAAAUAAUAAAACAACAAAUCCCACCCUCUAACAUAAAAAACUACAUUUAACUACUGCCCUCCUGAAAUUCCAAUUUAGGUUUUAACACCUUUUGUUUGAUAAGACCACGAUUAAAAUACAGUAUUUUAACCAAUAUCCAGUCAUCCUGACUGAGCAAGCUUGGUCAGGAAAGGAUUUACUUUAUGGCCAAAAAAAAAUCUUAUCCAAUGAGACAAAGUGGCUAAUCCUUAGCAGCCAAGAGAGACCACUUGGGUAGCAACUUACCAUGCAGGAUUCCCAGCUCCGUUUUUUUUCCCCAACUCUCCCCCUUUGAGCAGACAAAAGAGGCCCCUUGGUAGCAGCUUACCAAGCAGAAUUCCGUCCUCUUUUUUCUUUCCACCACUCAUAGAGUCCCCCAAAGAGCUUGCUCACAGGCCAUCACCUUUCCCACUUACGGAACCAGCCACAAACCAGUUUCAUGAACAAACUAUCAUCAGUCAAGCGAGCAAUGUCUUUCAAAAGCUCACUUGUUAAAAACGUUGUGCGCUUUGUUUUUCCACAGUUUAAGUCAAAAAUGCAGAUUCAAAUUAUCCGAGCAAAGUCGGGGGAGCCGGUCAUGUACAGGAACGUCUUUCAUGCUGCAUACGUUAUAGUUAAGACUCAUGGAAUUCGUGGAGCUUAUCAAGGCCUGCCUGCUACAUGGCUUAGGAAUAUCCCAGCAAAUUCUGCUUUCUUUGGUGAGUUGCAUGGUACAAUCAAACAGGUCCAGACAGCCUCUUUUUAAUUUUGAGUUUGAAACGCUGUUCACUGAUUCCUAAGCAAGAGACCCAUUCUUGUAAAUGACCUAUCCCUAAAAUCCCUUUGUGAAUACCUUUAGAAAAUCCCGUGUUGAUGUUUUAGUCAAACACUCUUCACAAUGGUUCGAGUGAUAAAUUUACCUACUGUUGUAUGUGAUUUGUAUGUGAUUUUAACGUGGGCUCGUCCGUUGCCAUGCCGUGUGAAGGUAGCCUAAACCCUUUUGCUUUUUUUCCGUUCUCGUCAUCGCCUCAUCAUCAUGUCAAGCACUUAAAGAGCCAGUUUGUAAGUUAUAUUGUUUCUUCCUACAGGCUUCUAUGAACUAAACCGUACUAUGGCGAUACCCGAGGGAGGAACAGUGUUUGAUGUGUCUCCCAUGGCAUUGCUAGCAGCAGGGGGAACAGGGGGAUUCCUAUAUUGGUUCCUAACAUAUCCCACGGAUGUUGUCAAGUCAUCUAUGCAAGCUGACGACUCCGUUGUGGAAAAGAGACGAUACAAGAGUAUACGAGACUGUAUAAAGCAACUUUACCAUAACGAAGGUGGCUGGAAAAGAUUCUACAGAGGGUUCACACCUUGUCUGAUGCGUUCUGUUCCUGCAAAUGCCACGCUAUUUUUUGUAGUUGAAACAAUGAGGAAGUAUUUACCACUGUAGACAAAACGACACUUUACUUAGGCUAUAUUUACACUAUACCUGAUAGCUAGCUAUUCCUCCGGCGC